AACCUCAUCCAUCAGACAGCCGACACUCGACGCCAGCAUCUUCACGGAUAUUUUACUUAUUUUUAUAGGUAUUCAUAUCCCCUUUCCCACUACAACACCCAUCAAAGUCUAUGGCUGGUUACUUCUCCAACCACUCCGCCUCACACUCCCGUUUCGUCGCAAACUCGGGGAAAGACAAGGAUUCAUCCACAACCACGACUGUGUCUACGCCGCCUACCUCUAAUAUUUCUGCAACAACGCCCUCUGCAGGUAUAGCUGCACGGCCUCGCAUACCUAGUCGCCACUUCUCAACCUCAUUGACCGAGACCGAGACUGCAGGACUAACUGCCGGUCAGACGACCGUACAUCCACUCAGAUCUACCUGGGUCUUUUGGUUCAGACAACAACGUACUCCUGGAAACAAAAUUACCAACUACGAAGAGGGCAUCAAGAAGAUAGCCGCAUUCUCUUCCGUGGAAUCGUUCUGGUCCCUCUGGACACACCUCCUCCCGCCCUCCGCCCUUCUUCCAACAACAGACUAUCUUCUAUUUCACUCAGGUGUCCGUCGUCCAGUUUGGGAGGACCCUCUCAACCUCCCCGGUGGAAAAUGGAUAAUCAGACUUCGCAAAGGCGUCGCAGAUCGUCUAUGGGAGGACCUUGUGCUCGCCAUUGUAGGUGACCAGUUUGCUGACGUGAACCCUACGCCUGGGGUGGGAUCUGGCGGCCCUUUGGGGAAUACGAAUGGCAAUGGUGUGUCUGGGCACGGGAAGGAGGAUAGUGGGACGAGCGAGGAGGUGCAGGCUCCGGUGGAGAAGGGCAAGAAGGGGGAUGAUAAACCUAGUUGGAGGUCGGGUGCUGUAGCGGGAGUGGCACCGUCGAGUGGGAAGGAUAAGGAUAAAGAGAAGGACGUGAAGGAGAGGGAAGAGGAGUGGCCAGAAAUCUGUGGAUGUACGAUUAGUGUGAGGCAGAGUGAGGAUAUCAUCAGUAUCUGGAACAGGGUGGAGGAUCCGAAGGUUAGGGAGAGGAUAAGAGAUACGAUACGGCGAGUGUUGAACCUGCCUAUGACAACGGUCAUGGAAUACAAAUCUAACAACGACUCUAUGCAAGACAAAUCGUCGUUCAGAAACUCAGCCAUCGACCGUACGCCACUCUCAUGAUCCCAAGAGCGGGCCCAGUGAGCAUCAUCAAGACCUCACUGUGUCCAGGGCUCUUGGUUAUCUGUCCAUGCUCGAGGAUGCAUGGAAACUCUCAGCCGUGUGGUGCUAUUGCGAACUUUCUGCGGUGUUGUUUCUGCUGUGUCGUGACAUUGUCAUUGUCAACGUCGACGUUGAACUCUGUAGCUCUAUCUACUCUUUCUCAAGCUAUUCCAGUCUGCUUGCUGAGAUGUCAUCAGUGUCUUACCAUUGUGA